AUGAGCGAUUACGACGAUGACUACGAUGAUUACGAAGGCGACUUCUUCUACGUCGAAGACGAAUACAUGGCCGCCGACGACCUUGCAGAGCACGCCGUCGCCUCACCACCACCAGCAACAUGCGGCGAUGAGGACAUGGAAGACGACUGGGACCGCUUCGACUACUUCAACGACCUCGAGUACGCGUCGGAUGGCUACGAUGAUACCAAGUUUCAAGCGCUUGAUGUAAAGGGCGCAAAAGCAGGCCUGAAGAGGAAGCGGGCAGUGAAGAGCGCACCAGCCAGGAAGAGAUUGGCCAAGGAUAGCGUGAACACACAGUCAGAGACAACACCGCUGGGACAUUCGCCUAUAGUUUGGCGCUCACAGGCGAGCCGUGGAACCAAGCCCAAGACCCUCGACGACAACGCGCAACCAUAUGCUUUGUUCAAGGACUGGAGGGAGAAGCUCACAGACAUACCAGAAUGGGCGAAAGGCUCACCACCGAGCUCACCAGGAGCGCUGUCUUCACGGCCAGGCAAAGGAAAGGCAAAAAUGGCCUUUGUCACGGAGCCCGCCUCGCCUCCAUACGAUGAUGACGAAGACAUCGACGACGGCAUGGAUCAGGGCGAAGAGGGCAUACCACAGGACGCGCUAUUGGCAGCGUUGCAACGGCAACUCGCUGCUACUGGCGGACCGCUCACCGGUAUGGAUCCCCAACAGCUGCUCGAGUUUGCGAUGCGCAUGGCAACAGACAAUGACGCGGGUGAUGAUAUCGCAGGCGAGAUGGCAGAGGCAAUGCUAGGUGGGGAAGAUGAUGAAGAUGACGCAGAAGCAGAAGAAAAGCUGCUCUCGUGGGUAGCCCAACAGCGCAACGGGAAGAACGGAGAGACCACUGCGGAAGAAGAGGACGACACGAUGGAAGAAACAACGCAACAGCCCCCAUCACCGCCUUCAUCCGACCUCAAACGCAGCGUUCAUGCUGCCGAGACCAACACAAACAAGUCCUCUCUUAAGCGGAAGGCAGAAGACGAGCCCACCGUCGAAGGCUCUACAAAGGUGCUCAAGAAGAAGGCAACACGGUCUUUCGAUGCGCCCACAGCAGCAAGUCAGGCCAAAGCCGCUCCAUCCCGGCCCACGACACGAUCAAAAGCUGGGAAGCGCAAGUGA